UAUAAAAUAGGAACCGGAUCAACCGCGGGUCGAAAGCAAGACAAACAUCAGUAUCCCACGUUCUUCCUUGUUUUUUUCACUUCUCUCUCUUUCUCGAAAACCGGUCACCUGAAACUCAAACGCCUCUCUGAAUCCUCGCUGGAACCUGUCAAUAUCUUAUAUCUCCGGCGUCUGUCUCACGGAUCUGUUCACGAUGAGCACCGGCCAACUUCUCAGCAUCGAGCCUCAAGAGCUCCAGUUCCCAUUUGAAUUGAGAAAGCAGAUCUCGUGUUCCCUAAACUUGUCCAACAAGACCGACAAUUAUGUGGCUUUUAAGGUCAAAACGACAAAUCCAAAGAAGUACUGUGUAAGGCCAAAUACUGGAGUUGUGCUGCCUAGGUCUACGUGCAACGUUGUUGUUACAAUGCAAGCUCAAAAGGAAGCGCCUACUGAUAUGCAAUGCAAAGAUAAGUUUUUACUUCAGAGUGUGGUUGCUAGUCCUGGAGCUACCACGAAAGAUAUAACGGCGGAGAUGUUUAAUAAGGAAUCUGGGCAUAAUGUUGAAGAGUGCAAGUUGAGGGUUGUUUAUGUUGCACCUCCUCGGCCUCCUUCCCCUGUUCGAGAAGGAUCUGAGGAAGGCUCGUCACCUAGAGCUUCAGUCUCGGACAAUGGUAGCUUUAAUGCUGCUGAACUUACAUCUGUGUCUAGAGCUCAUGUUGAUCGGCAUGAAACUCAAGACAACUCAUCUGAUGCAAGGUCCCUCAUUUCCAAGCUAACUGAGGAGAAAAACUCUGCCAUUCAGCAAAAUAGCAAGCUUCAGCAAGAACUGGAACUGUUGAGACGCGAAGCCAAAAGAAACCAAAGUGGUAUUCCAUUCAUUUAUGUAUUUCUUGUGGGCUUGAUCGGCAUCAUUUUGGGAUACCUAUUGAAAAGAACAUGACCACCACCGAGUUACACAUUCUUCGUUGUUCUUCGAUGCAACUUCCAUGGCUGGGAAAAGAAAAGAAAUUUGGAAAAUUGGUAAGUGGUAGCUUAUUCUGCCCGAAUGUAGUGCACUGCUUAUUGGUCUGUAUGGAGGACUAGCAAAAAAAAAAAAAAAAUGUGAAGAGCAUUGUUUGUUCAGUGUAUUUCCGUGCAUUAUUUAGGAAAACUAACUCUUUAUUGCUGAUGGUAGGGGUUAAAAUCUAGGGUUUCUCGUUCAUGCGCUUUGAUGGAUUGGUUAUAAAUCAGUCGUAUCUUUAGAUUUUUUA